CUUGGAGGAGGAAGUGCUCGAAGAAGGAGAAACAAAGAUACAUCACAGCGUUUCCUAAAACUCUUCGCAUUUCAUUUAAAUCCAGCGUUACUUAUUUUUUAUUUUAAAUGUGGUCAAUAGCGCUACGUUGUAAAAGCGAUCCGCGUCUAAUGUUAAACGUACUGACAAAUACCAACAAAUAUGACUGAAGUCUUCCCGCCAAAUAUAGUUCAUGACAUAAUACUUACUCAGUCCAGUUUGCCUGAAUAUUUUCGUCUGUGAAUGAUCAACCGUCAUCUUAUUAAUAUGCGCGUCGCUUGCUUGUCGUUCAGGCAGCCAUACGCUGGUCUCGUAUUGAACGGAGUAAAAUCUGUAGAGACGCGUUGGCGCCCUCUGCUGGCAGACCUCAGAAACUGCACACUUGCCAUACAUAUCGCUCGGUCAGACUGGGAAGGCGAUGAAUGGUCAAACAUCCUUACGCAGAUGUUUGGAAUGAAUCAUCGGCAAGUUGAAGAACUUCUGGAAUCUGGGGAAAGAUUCGGGAGGGGUGUUGUUGCAGGUCUUGUGGAUGUUGGGGAAACCUGGUGCUGUGCUGAGGAUUUACCCCCAGAGGAAAUGAAAGAGCUGGAGAAAGCAGCUUGUCUAACAGGACUUCAACAGAAAUACCUUACGAGACUGUCCAACCCGCGUUGGCUCACAGAGCCACUGUAUUUGAGAGGACAUAAAAAUGUGUGGACAGUUAACAUCCCAGAACGUCUCCUUCCCUCUGAUGAACAAGAAUAAUGGAAUCCAGUGGUCAUUAUCAUUGAGCUAUAGCAGUGACUCAUUGAGACUUGCAGUGUUUUUUAGUUUUGUUGAAUAACUAGUGAUGGAUUGUAUUAAGGAACUACACUACUGUUUUGUCUGAACAUUGAACUUAUGUAAUGAUUCAUUUGAUGAGACCUGAAUCAUUUCCACUGCCAAAAAACAAAUAUAUCAUACAUUGAAAACCAACAGCCAUGCAGUUCGCGUUUUAUUGUGAAUCUAGUUCUAAUAGUAGUUUCAGAACUAAAGGGGAAUGGACAAUUAGUGACAGACCUUGACCUAUCUAGCUUUCUAAGAGCUCUUAUUGGACAGAGGGUUGUGGACAAAUUUGGGGCAAGGCUGGGCCAGUGCUCUGGACACCAGGCUGCUCAUGCUGGCCGGCACAGAUGGCGACAUCCAAGCGAUGUAGAUUGACUCCCAAGCAUCUAGGGUAGCCUGAAGCUGGGCAAGGUUCAGGCUUUCAGCCAAGGAGAUGCAAGGAAGAUCCAUCUCUUGGAGCAUGUUAGAGUCCACCCUGGACUCAGUGGUGGAGGAGGACGACUCAUCAGUAUAGGUUCCUUCGUCAUUUAGGCCUUGUUGGCUGAGGCUGAGAUUCUGAGGAGUCUCCAUAGCAUCAGGAGUCAUCUCUUUAUUCAGGCCUGGAUGAGGGGACUGGCU